AUGACAGCUCGCAAUAGCAAGGACAUACGAGAGCCUGAGAUCUUCGCCUGUGCCAAAGCCCUGCGCGCACAGUACAAGCGCGUCGCGGCGAUUGGGUUCUGCUACGGCGGCUGGGCAGUAUUUCGUCUGGGUGCCAAAGCAAAUAAUGGAUUGGUGGACUGCAUAUCGACUGCGCACCCAUCUUGGCUCACAAAGGAAGAGAUCCAGGAGAUUGGCGUGCCAAUACAGAUAAUGGCGCCAGAUAUCGAUACUGUGUUCACGCUCGAGCUGAAAGAGUUCAGCAAUCGCAUUAUCCCCUCGCUGGGGGUGGACUAUGAUUAUCAGUAUUUCCAUGGCUUAGAGCACGCGUUUGCUGUUAGGGGGAAUCGAGCGAAUGGGGCUGAGAUGAAGGGGUUGGAGAGGGCGAAGAAUGCGGCAGUGUAUUGGUUCAAGCAGUGGCUGCAUUGA